AUGGGAGACCUCGCCGACUCGCCCCCCCUCGGCGCCAUCCACAUCAGCGAGGACCUCACGCCGCUGCCGGAGCUGAAGCCCGCCGGCGACACCCACGUCACCUUUGACGGGCAGCUGGCCCGGCCGCUGCGGCUGCGCGAGGACCUGCGCACCGGCUGCGGCGGGCAGACGUGGCCAGCCGGCAUGGUGCUCGGCAAGCACAUGCUCCGCUACCACCGCCACGAGCUGCAGGACGCGAGAAUACUGGAACUCGGAGCCGGCGGCGGCCUCGUCGGCCUCGCUGUUGCGCUGGGCUGCGGCGUGGGGAGCCGUCUCAUGCUGACGGACCAGCUGGAGAUGCUGGACCUCAUGAAGCACAACAUUGCCCUCAACGAGGUCCAAGACAAGGCCACCGCCUCGAUAUUAAACUGGCAAGUACACCAAGCCCCUCCCCUCACCCAAUUUUGGGAUCAAAAGGAGACGGGAGAGCCGCUGCCCCAAGCGGUCGUCGACUACCGGCCCAACGUCAUCCUUGCCGCCGAGUGCGUCUACUUUGAGCCCGCCUUCCCACUGCUCAUGCACACGCUGCGGAACCUCGUCGCACUCAACCCCACCGCCAUCAUCUACUUUUGCUUCAAGAAGCGCCGCCGCGCCGACCUGCAGUUCGUCAAGAUGGCUCGCAAGGCCUUUGUCGUCACCGAGGUCCCGGACGAGGAUCGUCCCGUCUUCGCCAGGGAGUCGCUCUUCCUCUUCACCUUUACGGCCAAGCCGCAGCCGCAGCAGCAGAAGAAGAAGCCGGUGGACGAAGCGGCGGCGCCCGUCUUGUAA